GCCGAGCAGCAGCCGUAGCGACGGAGUUUAGACAAGCGGAGGGAGCAAAAUGGCGGACGAAGAUAUUACGCUUGAUGGAAAACCUCUACAUUCGCUCCGAGUUGCGGAUUUGAAAGCCGCUCUGGAGCAAAGAAACCUCCCAAAAAGCGGACAGAAGAACACACUCAUCAAGCGACUCAAAGGGGCUCUAAUGCUGGAGAACCUACAGAAGACAUCUUCCUCUCACAGUGGACUGCAGCCCAACUCUCAGAUAGGGGAGGAGAUGUGUCAGAACAGUUUCAUAAAACAGUAUCUGGCCAAGCAACAAGAGCUCCUUCGCCAGAGACUAGAGAGAGAAGCCCAGCAGGGGGAAGAUGCUGAUGAGAGCCCAGCCGUACCCGAGGAGGAUGAAGAUCACUCGGAGGAUAAUGACAGCUCCUCCUAUGUUUCUGACAAGACACAUCAAGUGCUGGCCAGGCCUGAAGAGAGAGGAGCAGGAGGCUCAGUGACAGGUCAUGAUGCUCCAGGAGCUAGGAUGCAGCGAGCCGCCUUUCACCAAGGACAUAAGGAGCCACCAGCACCCUCUCCUCCCCGUGCAGUUGCUUCCCUGUCAGUGCGCGUCCUUGGACAGCCCGAGUGUCCCCCAGCAGUACCCCCAGCUCAGGAGAAAGAGGGCACCGCCCCAAGUGAGCCAGGAUCAGCUCAUCCAGUGCUCCACCUGAGCCGAUCUGCUGGUGGUUCGGCAGCAAGCCAUGUCCAUGAGGACAGUGAUGAAGGUGAUGAUGGUGAUGAUGAGAGCGAUGAUGAUGAGGACUGGGGGCCCGGUCCCGGCGGGGCACGAAAGGGCAGCCGAGGGCCUCCCCCACCGCAGCAGUUGCCCCCCAGUGUCCCGUCAUCAGCUGGGAGAUCCAAACGCAAGCUUCAGCCUCCGCAGCACAUCCCACCUCCACAGGUACACCACACUCCCAUGCAGCUGCGCCACCCUACACCUCCUCCCUCCCCACCCCCUAAUCUGUUCCCCCUUCCUGACACUCCCAAGCAGAGCCCACCAGACCCAGAAGACCGUGAGGAAGCUGUACGUGGCCAAAGGCUGGUGCCAUUCCCAGCUUCCACAAUGCAGAGGCAGGACUCUGACUCAAGUUCUCGUUCCAGCAGUCCUGAACCCCCCAUGAAACGCGGGCCAGGGCCCCUUUCUCGGCUUGUACACAAGAUGGAGUCAGAGGGAGCUUUCCGUACAGGUGCUGGUAUGUCAGGAGAGACUACGCACUCCACCGCUGAGUCUUCCAGUGAAUCUCCACAGCAAGGACCGAAAACAAAGACACAACAAGAGGACAGGAAGAUGGAGGAAGAGAGGCAGCUAAAAGAAAGGGAGGAGAAGGAAAGACAGCAGGAGCAGGAGAGGGAAAGAAGGAAGGCAGAAGAACAGGAAAAGGAGAAGAAACGCUUGGAAGAAGAGAAGGAACAGGAGAGAAAACGAAUGGAGGAGGCGAAGAAACAGUGUCAGAACGAAGAACAAGAAAAAGAGAAGAAACAAGAGGAGGAGGAGAAGAAGAGAGGAGAGGAGAAACGGCUAAAGGAGGGGCAGGAAAAGAAACAGGAGAUGGCCAAAAAACGCAGGGCAGUGGUGACUGAGGUCCAAGACUCGGGUUCUUCAUCGGAAUCUGACUCCAAAUCAGACUCUUCUUCGCGCUCAUCAGGAUCUUCCUCCUUUCAGGAUAAAACACAACCUGCCAGGAAGUUGAAGAAGGUGGACCAAGAGAGAGAAGACAGUAAAGGGGCAGAGACACGAUGCCUUUCCAAAAGGGAGGUGUCGGAGCCCAGCGCAGCUGCCGUGACAGAGGUGGAACCAGAUUCGGAAAGCUCCAUGGACCAGCAGCCAGCCUCCGGGGCUGAGCCAGAGAACAGUGAGGGCCGCCACGAUGAGAGCACAACUCCUAAGGCUUUUGCUGCUCGCAAGAUAUCCCUGACCAGCAGUAAGACUUCUCCAGCCACCACAGAUGGAGGAGCAGGAGAGACUGAGACGGGAACUGCAGCAGGGAGGAAGAGGCGAUGGGGCUCCAGCACGGCCGUCACCGCUAAGAAGCCAUCCAUCAGCAUUACAACGGACUCCCUGAAGUCUUUGAUCCCAGACAUCAAAGUGAGCCAGGAGGCAGUUGUGGAGCUUCACCCAGAGGAGCUGCAGUUGUCAGGGGAUGAGGAAAACCUGGAUGCCAGCCGGGGGGACCCGGACAAAGACCUCAAGAUCCGACGCACCGUGACACAGGUUGUACCAGGUGGCAGCCAGGAGAAUGGACAGGCAAAUGAAGAAGAAGAAGAAGAAGAAGAGGUGGAGAAAACAGAGAGAGAGAAACAACGCCGGACUUCCAGAGACAAGAGGAAGAGCAGUCUUUCUGAAGAUGCCCCAGAAACACAGAUGCCUGUUAACCUCGACGCAGAAGCAAAGAAAGUUACUCCGAGCGACAGUCUGGUGCGUCGUUCCAUAAGUCAGCAGAAGUCCGGUGUGUCCGUCACAAUUGACGAUCCUGUCCGCACAGCCAGGCAGCCCUCACCCCCUCGUGGAAAAGUGUCAAACAUCAUCCAUGUGACAAACCUGGUGCGACCUUUCACCCUGGGUCAGCUGAAGGAGCUGCUGAACCGCACAGGCAGCUUGGUGGAAGAAGGCUUUUGGAUUGACAAGAUAAAGUCUCACUGCUAUGUCACAUACGCUACAACAGAGGAGGCGGUCGCUACCAGAGCCGCCCUCCAUGGAGUCAAAUGGCCGACAAGCAAUCCCAAGGUCCUCAGCGUGGACUUCAGCGAGCAGUCUGAGCUGGACUUUCACAAAGGUGUCCUGAAGCCAGACAAAGAGGAGGAUCCCGUUCCCCAGCCAGCUGGUCCUCCAAAUCGGCUGCCCCCUCUGAUGCCUGAGCGUGACAGAGACCGAGAACGUGAGAAAGACCGGGAUAGGGAACGCGAACGUGAGAGAGACAGAGGAGUACGGGAUCUGUGGGCAGAGCGAGAAAGGGAGAUGCAGCGUCGGGAAAGAGCGCGAGGUGAGCGGGAAUGGGACCGGGAUAAGGUCCGGGAAUUUGCAAGGCCGGGAGAAGAUGGACGACGCUCUAGAUCCAGAGACAGAGACAGGAAGAGGAGAGAGAGAGCCAAGAGCAAGGAGAGGAAGACUGAUAAGAAGGAGAAGGGUGACGAACCUCCAGCCAAACUGUUAGACGACUUGUUCCUCAAGACCAAAACGGCUCCGUGUAUAUACUGGCUUCCCCUCACUGAGGAGCAGGUGGCGCAGAGGCUUUUAGAUCGCACAGAGCGGCAAAAGGAGCGCGAGCGAAGGCACAAGGAGCAGCAAGAGGAGGAGGAGAAGAAACGGGAAGAGGAGAAGAAAGAGAGGCUGAAGGGCCGGGAGAAGGAUGGUGGCGUGGCAGCAAGUGGUGGAGCAGCCGGGCGAGGAGCUGACGGAGACCGGGAGCGAGAGCGGGGCCGUGACCGAGACAGAGAGGGGGAGAAGAAGAGGGACAGCAGCCACCGGCCCAGACGGCCCUCACCAGGUGGUGCUAGUGGACGGCGGUCUCGUAGUCGAAGCAACCCGAGGGACAGGCGCCGCUGAGGGCCGUGGAGGCUGCAGGGAAAGCUGGAGAGGGAAGCAGUGUAGCAGGACGCAGUAGAUGGGCAACGGCGGGGGCGUGUUUCAGCGUCUGCUCCUCCCUACCUGCCCCCACUGUGCUUUAAUUCGUCCACUAUGUGACGCCAGCGUUGUCUUCCACACACUUCUGCCACUUCCCCCACCUUCUUGAUGAUUUCCUUUGCGGUAACAUGAUGGUUCACCUCGUUCCAGCCCACUCUCCUCCGUUCUCUGUUUUCCAGCAGAACACUGGGUCCUUUCUCCUGUAGAGAGCAGCGUUUCCUCCUUGUCUCCGUUUAGUGCUGUCAGUUCCCCUUUGGUUGAAGAAAAGAAGAAGGGCGGUUGUUUUCUGGCUCGCCUCUUCAUUUUGUCCCACUGAGGUUUGGGAGCCCGCCUCUUUAUUUUAGUUCUGCGGGUGCACAGUUCCUUCCUCCUCAGCCCUGUAAUAAAACCAGUCCAAAAUAGAUCUCUGACCUUCACAUAUUUUCUAGGAUCAGUUUUAAUGUUCUACUUUUCAGCACAACAGUUUUUGUUUUGUUUUUAUGUACGUUUAUGGGCGACCCAUGUCAACGUAAGAAAAGUUUAUUUUGUUUUCUUGGAAGUUUUAUGAAUCAUGUUCAUUUCUACAGCCUUGAAGGGUUGGUUGUUGUGUGUUAGAGCGGGUGAAGUCUCAACACUGUAGCAGUACAGUGUGUUAGAAAGAUGUUAUGCCUGAUUUUGUCCUUCUGUGGGAUGAUGAGAGGAUAUGAAAUUCUGUAAUGAUUAUGGGAAGCUGACCUUCCCUGCACUGUCUAUUUGAAAUCACCUCCUUUGACCCUUCAAGCUUAUAUUUAAGAGGUGAAAAUAAGACCUUUUAUCUUAUAAAAGAGUAAUGCUUAGAAUUUUAAAUUUUUUUUAGUUUAAAACUGAUUUUGUUGCUUUUUUCCUCCUGCAAGUGCUGAAUGUACCAAGAAUUAAAAAAAAGAAUAAACUUUAAUUGGUUAU